ACUUCGUCAUGUAGCAGAACGUUUCGUGGGCGCAAUGGUAAACACCACGUAGUACCGGGUGGAAGGGAAGGGGGUAGUCAGACUCACAUCCUCCCAUGGUGAGUGCAGUAGCCUUGUCAUCACAUGCUGCAGAUGCCGGAGUGCACACUGCCACGGGUGCUGCUGACCUCCCGCUGGCCUCCCGCUGGAUACAGGUAACCGUCUGGCCAGCCAGCAAGCUCGCCGCACGACCGACCCGCCAACAUGGCCGAUAAACGGUCAGGCGGUUACAGCACGCGGCUGGCGGUAGAAGGUCCCAGAAAGAUCCUGGACAAAGAAAUGGAGAACAUCGAGAGGGAGCGGAAGGUUUCCAGGAAGGAAUUUGAGAAAGAAAAAACUUAUCUCACGGGCGUAGUGGAUGCACGUCAGAACCCAAGAAGGCCGAGCAGUCAGUCGAUUACAGGAAGCUCCGCAGAGUCACAAUUGACAUAUAGACCGGACAACGCUGAGUUCCGAAUGGAUCCGUUCAUGGCGAAGGACAAGGCAGCCACAGAGGCAUGUGACCAGUUAAAGCUUCAGUUUGAAAUGACGUUAGCUGCCUUGCUGGACAUUGAACACCCUAUCAACACGGACAGGAGAGCAAGCUGGUCUUCGUCUGAUGGAAGACCAGGACCAUCGAAAGGUGGAUCAGUGUCAGAAGACCCCGGAUCGGCUAUAACUGUCAAGACAACUGAAGGCAGCAGUACACCACCAUCCUCUUUGAAGAAACCACUUACCAUAGAGGAAAGAUUUUUAGCUAUCAUCGGACAGCCAAAUGAAAUUGCUUCUUCCAGUGGACUAGCAGCUUCCGCACAAGAUCAAAUAUGUCGUUUCAACGUCCCGAGAAAAGUGUCACCAUCUAUCAGGCUACACCAUCAACAGAUGGCACUACGUUUGUUGUGGAUCCAGAGGUUCUGCAAAAGAAUCCCUUUGCAGCCAGGCUUAUGAGUGUGGUCAACGCCAUUGCGUACCCGUCAGGUCAGGCAACAAUUGUUAAGAACCAGAAGGUCCUCAGGAACCUGCUAGAAGAGUGUCGUCUGACUGUGCGCUCUAUAAAAGCGGGAACCGAUCCCAACGGCCGCUUGCAGGCUCGCACAGUAAAGAAACUCGGCGACAUUUUAACUACUAUCAGACCCGCUAACAGGGCCAAUGGCCUGUUGUCCGCAGAGGACGCUCUGAGCUGUGGCUAUCUACGGAUCUCCAAGGAUCAGGUAGGAAGAUUAGAAGACCAGUUAAAACAGCGUGGAAUCGACCCUGGCAUCCACCGACACACGGAUGUUACAAACAUCAACUUGUUUGAUGAUUCACCCAGUACCAAGCUGAAGGCCAUGCCUUUCCACCUGCCGUCCACCACUCUACAGGUGGCAGGCACUGCCUACAAAAAGGCACCUGAAAAAAAGAACCCAUAGGUAUUACUAUCUCUGGACCCCACAACACUUGCGUCGAGUUCACAAAGCAUUAUCACACAUACAUCAUUCGGUGAUUAUUAUUCAUUGAAACAUGUUCUCGUAGAUGCCUGGCAUCCUCGCGAAGAGCGUGUUGCCGGUGACUGAGCCUUGUGGGACAUCGUGAGGCUCAAGGUAUGAAGAUGUCUGUCUAUUCACACUGACGUAAAAAAAUGUCGGCUGUGAAAUUUACCUAAUAAAACCAUCAGGGGACAUC